CAGCCAGGAGACAGACUGACAGAAAGCAAACAGCCUGCAGAUCAAACCCAGGAAGUGUACCUCCACCACCACCAUCACAACACACACACACACUCGUACACACACUCGUACACACACUCAGAGAGCGAGGACGUUACUGGAGACACACCUUUCACAAAGGCCGCCGUCAUGAAGAUAGCAUCUUUCAAUGUCAGACGUCUCGGGUUGAGCAAGCUGUCAGACAAGAAUGUUGUAAAGUACCUCAUAAAAAUUGUGUCUCGCUACAGCAUCAUUGUAAUUCUGGAAGUAGUGGACAAGACAGGUAAAGCUAUGGCCAGGUUUCUGCAGGAACUCAACAGGAGUAAUAAGAAGAAUCCGUACAGCAUGGUGGUGAGCUCCAGCCUCGGACGCACCACCUAUAAAGAGCAGUUUGUGUGUCUGUACAGGAAAGACCAGGCCAAACUGGUUGACACCUACCAGUAUGAAGACAAUCAGGAGGGAGAUGAAGACGCAUUCUCCAGAGAGCCUUUUAUUCUACGCUUCAGCUUACCCAGCACAAUGCUGAAAGAUCUGGUACUGGUUCCAGUCCACACCAAACCCAAGGACUCCAGGAAGGAGCUGGACGAGCUGUACGACGUCUGCAUGACGGUCCGGGAGAAAUGGAGAACUGACAACAUCAUGAUUCUGGGGGACUUUAAUGCAGACGGGGCCUACGUCUCCAAGAAGAAGAUGAAGGACAUCAGGAUCCGCACCGAUUCAGACUUUCACUGGCUGAUUGGAGACGAUGUGGACACCACAGCUAGCCUGACCAACGACUACACCUACGACAGGAUCGUGGUGUAUAAGGAUCGCAUUUUGAAUGCAAUAGUGCCCAGAUCUGCCAAACCCUUCAACUUCCACACGGCCUAUCAGCUGUCAGAGGAGAUGGCUCUGGAGAUCAGUGAUCAUUAUCCAGUGGAGGUGAGUCUGAAGAAGAAACCCCUUAAGAAGACUGGAAACCAAACCAGAGCCCAGAAAUGAUGACGAGGCUGGAGCACACUCAAAUCACACUCACUCAGGGAUUUUAUUAGGAAUAAAUAAGGAAUAAAGUAGAACUGUUUGACUGACUAUGUCAGUGUUAAUUGUAUUUGGUGCAACAAGAUGUUGCUCAUCAAUACACCACAUUUAAUAUGGGGGAAAUAAUAAAAAACAUUACAUAUGGUCCUCUGAUUAGACUUACAAAUGCAAGUUUAAUGUUCAUUUUUAAUUUAAUAAAUAAAUGCCUAAUGAAUUAUUAA